AUGGUCGACGGUCCCGCGCUCUUUGGUGGCCGGCGGCUCGUCACGGCGUCCAAUGACGUCCGCGCCAUCUACGAGCUCUCGACAAAGGAGACCGUGUCUGUGCUGUCGUACAACCUCAUGCGCCAGCUGCACGCGACGACCAAGUACAAGCCGUACUGUGCCGAGUACAUACUGGGCAGCACGCGUCGCAAGGACCAGCUCCUCGCAGAAAUUACCGCCUACGACGCCGAUGUUGUAUGCUUGCAGGAAGUCGACGACUACGAAUUGUUUUGGAUCCCUGCGCUCAACGCACUCGGCUACGAUAGCGUGUACCAUUGUCGACCGGGUGACCAUGACGACGGGCUCGUCAUUGCGUUUCGGCGGCUCAAUUUUCAGAUUUUUCGAACGCAGCGUAUCGAGUUUAACGACCUCGUGGCCCAGACGCGCCGCGAGAACCUCGCGGCCAAGCUCGAGCAAGACAACAUUGCUCUCUUUGUCGCACUGCAGCCUUGGGAAACCUGUGCAUUUCCGAGCCCUCUCUGCAUCGUCAACGUACAACUCGCAAGCCACCGGGACCACGACGUCGUGCGGGACCUCCAGUUGCGGUAUCUGCUUCCGCAAGUCGAGGCGUUCAACGCUGACUUUCAAAUGCCCAUCGUCGUUGCUGGCUCGUUCAACGCCCGCCCCAGCGACGACGUCUACCACGUGAUGCGUACGGGGCGGGCGCGGCCGGCGCCGGCUCCUCCGACGCGCAUGGCGCCACCGGUUCUAAGCGAUGCGACAACGAGCACGCUUGUUCUUUCGUGGGAGGCGCCAAUCUCUGUGGACGGUCCGGUGCUCGCGUAUCGAGUCGACCGCCGCGUAAACGGCAGCACGACUGUCGGGUUCACACAUGAAGUCGUGCUGGACGAUGUGACCACGUCACACAAGAUGACGAUGCUCAGUGCUGGCACCCAGUACGAGUUUCGCGUCGCGGCCAAAAAUGCAUUUGGCUGGAGCGCGUACAGCCCGCCGUCGGCCCCGUUUCAGACGCUUCAAGUACGUUGCUUGUCUCGAUACCGAGUUGACGCUUUCGAUAGGGCCGGCAUCAUGCGUGGCGGGGCCGCCCCCCCGUGCAACCCUUUUAAACUGUCGUACUGCUCGGGCAAGACGCCUCGCUUCAUUGAUGGUACGGUGCACGACCAGCAGUGUCCGCGCCCGAGCCGUCUCGAGCCCGACGAUGCAAUCUACGAGACGCUGCAGUUCCGCGGUGACCGGGAAGACGGUUUGCUGCACUUUGAGGUCUUUGAGAGCGCGUACGGCCGCUACAGCUACGGCGGCGAGCCCACGUGUACGUACGUCACGGAAGCGUGGACCGGCACGGUCGAUUAUAUCUUUUUCACAAAAAAAGAGUUGGCGCCAUUCCGGCUGCUGACGCUGCCGCCACUCGGCACCUUGGUUGGUGACGAUGUCCGCGAGUCCUCUACGAUUGUCGACGCCGACUAUGCGGCGUUCAUCCCACGCGACUGGGACAGCCGUGUGAAAAUUGGCGACCAUAGUAACCCCAAGUACUCUGGCGCGUGGCCGCCUAGCGUCUUCCAGCUGCCCAACCCGAAACGACGCCAUUACUGGCUGCCCAACGAGACGUUUGCGUCCGACCACUUUGCGCUCUUGGUUGUGCUUGCUUUUCGCGACGAAGAGCUGUCGACGUCAUGGAACUAA